UCUUCUGAGAAUCGAAGACCUGAAUCCGUAGUAGGAUUUCAGGGAGCUGACAAGUAAAAACCGGGGAUUGUACGGGACCAAAUUGGGAUAUAAACGAAGUAAACUCUUAAAGAGGCUAUAAAAUAGAAAACAGAUACAUUUAAUAAUUUAGCUUUAAUAAUCUGAUAACCCACAAAGAUGCCUCCCAAAAAACGCAACUCUGGAACAGCACAGAACAAGGAAAUGAAGCCCAGCAUAAAAAACGCCUCCCCGGACAAGGAGAAUCCAGAUUUAUCAAUUGAAAAGCACCAAGAGAAGGAUGCAGACUUUAUGACUCUGUGUCAAAGUCUCCAGGUGACAGAUGCGGUGUGUGAUCGUGCUUGGACAAUAUGGAAGGCAGUUCAGGCCUCAGUGGACAAAGUUCUUGACACUCAAAAAAGGCUUUGGGCUGCUUGUCUGUUUGUGGCUGUGAUAGACUUGGAAGUUGCAAGUUUUACCUUUACUCAAAUCCUGAAGGCAGUGGAUCUGAAUGUGAAGCAGUUCCUGGGCCUGCUGAAGAAGAUGGAUGUGAACCUGGACACCAUCAGCACUAAGGUGAACUCAGCAGUGACACGACUGGAGAAGAAGUAUGACGUGUCACGGGCACUCUACCAGAGGUUUGAGAAGACAUGCAGCAAAAUCUAUGCAGAGGACUCAGAAGCAAAGGGGAAAGAAAUCCUGCGGAGCUGCUGGACAAUGUUCCUUUUGGCUAAGGGAAGGGCUCUGCAGAUGGAGGAUGACCUGGUCAUAUCCUUCCAUCUGAUGGUGUGUGUUCUGGAGUUCUUCAUCAGGCGUUGCCCGUCCAGCCUUCUGCAACCACUUUACCAAUCAGUCAUCAGCACAGCCCAAAGCCCCCCAACAAGAACCUCCCGUCGCAAUCAGAGCAAAGCCAAGCCCCGUCAAGCCCCGCCAGAGGUGGAUGUGCAGCUCCUGGAGACCCUCUGCAAAGAGAACGACUGCAGCGUGGAAGAGGUGAAGAGCGUGUACCAGACCAGUUUCUCUGCUUUCCUGGAUUCCAUGAGCCUCUCUGGGACUCGGGACCUUCCUCAGGCGAUUGACCUCAACAAGCAGUAUGAGGAACUCUACUUCAAGAGUAGAGACUUUGACAGUAGGCUGUUCUUGGAUAAUGACGAGACCCUUCUCACUCCCAAAGUAGAACCAAUGCCGGUGGAAAGGACACCAAGGAAGAACCUGCCAGAAGAUGUUGUUCUCAUCCCCCCACAGACGCCUGUCAGAGCUGCCAUGAACUCCAUCGCACAGUUGAGGGUCGAUCUCACCACCUCUGGCGACCAGCCCUCUUCCAACCUGGCAGUGUAUUUCAAGAACUGCACAGUGGACCCAACAGAGGAGGUGUUGCAGCGUGUGGAGAGUCUGGGCCUGCUGUUCAGCCAGAGGUUUGGUCAGGCUGUGGGACCACGCUGUGUGGGGCUGGGCAAACAGAGGUUCACCCUUGGCAUCCGGUUGUAUUACAGAGUCAUGGAGUCCAUGCUGAAAUCGGAAGAGAAAAGGCUGUCGGUGCAGAAUUUCAGUAAACUACUCAAUGACUCCACAUUCCACACCUCGCUCCUGGCCUGCGCUUUGGAGGUCGUCAUGGCAACCUAUGGUGGGAGCACCUUCAAGAACAGUGGUUACAGCAACGGUGGCGUUCCUGUGGAGACGGACCUGUGCUUCCCAUGGAUCCUGGAUGUGUUCCAGCUGACAGCGUUUGACUUCUACAAGGUCAUCGAAAGCUUCAUCAAGGCUGAGCCCAGCCUGAGCAAAGACAUCGUCAAGCACCUGGAGCGCUGCGAACACCUCAUCAUGGAGACCAUCGCCUGGAGGGAGAACUCGCCACUGUUUGAGCUGCUGAAACGGACCCGUGAGGAGGGUCCAGUGGAGCAGGCAGAGCCCCCUGCCACCCUCAACCAGCCCCUACAGCACAACCACACUGCAGCUGACCUGUAUCUUUCCCCUGUGCGGCCCAGUAGCCGUACCCUGCCGGCCCCUGAAUCUACAGCCCCACCCUCCUCUCAGCCCUCUGCCCCGGUGCCCCAUCAGACCCCUAGGCACCCAAAGUCCAACUCUCUCAGCCUCUUCUACAAAAAAUUGUACCGGCUGGCCUACAUGAGGCUGAAGAUGCUGUACACACAACUUUUGACCUCUCACCCUGAGCUGGAGCCAAUCAUGUGGACUCUGUUCCAGCACACACUGCAGAAUGAGUAUGAACUGAUGAGAGACCGCCACCUGGACCAGUUGAUGAUGUCGGCCAUGUACGCCAUAUGCAAGGUGAAGAACGUGGACUUGCGUUUCAAGACCAUCGUCACUGCUUACAAGAACAUGCCCAACACCAACCAAGAGACAUUUAAGCACGUGUUAAUCCGGGAGGGCCAGUAUGACUCCAUCAUUGUCUUCUACAACCUGGUGUUCAUGCAGAAACUGAAGACCAACAUCCUGCAGUACGCCUCUCCCAGGCCCCCCACACUGUCUCCCAUCCCACACAUCCCCCGCAGCCCCUACAAGUUCCCCAACUCCCCCCUGAGAGUGCCUGGCAGCAACAACGUCUAUAUCUCUCCCAUGAAGAGCCCAACACGCAUGUCUCCAGUCAUGACCCCACGUACCAGAAUCCUGGUAUCGAUCGGUGAAUCGUUUGGAACCUCUGAUAAGUUCCAGAAGAUCAAUGCGAUGGUGAACAGCAGUGAUAGGUCCUUGAAGAGGAGUUUGGAUAUGAGCUCUGCCCCCAAGCCCCUGAAGAGGUUGCGCUUUGAUGUAGAAGGACAGGAUGAAGCUGAUGAGAGCAAACAUGGGGAAGAUUCGAGACUGAUACAGAAACUUACAGAGAUAGGCUCCACUCGGACCCGUAUGCAGGAACAGAAGAUGAAGGAUGAUGCAGAGUCCGAAAAGGACAAGCCUUGAAUUUCACUGAAGGACUUACUGUCCAGCACUGUUUGAGUGUACAGGUGCCAGAGACUACUCCCUACCCCUGACAUCCUAGACCCCCAACCAUCCCUUGAAAAAAGGAAUACAUUUUUUUCUGUGCAUUUGUUUUUUAUAUUUUAGUUUUGCCUGUUUUUAUAUUUAAGCGAUACUCUUUUGAGAGUCAUUUGUGAAUACAGAGGAGUCUUGUUUCUCUUUGUUGUUUAGUGUGGAUUCUUUAACGGAGUGUUUAAAAAAAUAAAUUUAAAAAAGAUCAAGUGAGUAUUACCAUGUUUUAUAGAGGGACACUAGUUUUAAGGGUAUGCUAUAAGAAAUCGUUGUUUUGACUUGGUCUUCUGGAGUUUCUUAAAGUCAGGGUGGUUGAUGCAAUAUGUAUUACAUAUCUCUUCCUGGUCUAUUUUGAAGUAGGAACCUGACUUGAAAUAACCUCAAGGAUUCUGAACAGGCAGACCUGCGUAAUGUUUUUUGACAGAAACAAUCAACACACCUAACCUUCAUUGACAUCUGACAUGUUUUAAAUCUUGUGAUGUGACUGUAUAACCUGGAACUUAAUUUGCUUUCGGAAGCAUUAAAGAUGUGACAGUCUUGUUAUAGUAUCAUUAGUAACAAUACCUUUUCAUUAGAUCAAAUCCAUAAACUUGUAUUCAUAUCUCCUCUUCACAUUGACUGUUGAAUGGCUACAUAGGAAUGCUUGGUUUUUGUAUUAAGGACAUUCUUUACAGUUCAAAGGGACUCUGUAGCACUUUAUUUUACAGUACAGAAAAGACCAGGUAUUUACUCAAAUGUUAUAUUGGAAGUUAUCCUGAAGACACCAAUAAAUAACAUUUUGGGU